UCUUUAUUUAGUUAAACGCGUACAAAUGUAGAUAAAAUUCAUUGUGGCCAUAUUUAUUGUUUUAUAAAUUUCUACUGCUAGGAUUGAUUUCUCUAAACUUGUUGUAUUCGUUAAUGGCUGAUUGAAGAAGAAUAAAAAACAUUUGUAUCAAUUUAUUUAUUCAAGUAUUUGAUAACAAAAGAUAUUUGAAAUGAGUACACACACAGAAAAUGAGAAUGAGGGAGAAAGUCCAAAGUGUCCGGAGCCAUUUACUGCACCUGGAAAGUGUACGGAUGAAGUACGUUUUGUUUUCGAUGAUCAACAAGAGCUGUAUGUGUCACAAAACCUACUAAUACUGUCUUCACCGGUUUUUGAGGCCAUAUUUAAGAAUGAUUUAAAAGAAAAGCAGCAAUCAGCAGUCUUGUUGAAAGAGAAGAGCUAUACAGACUUUCAUGAAUUUUUGAUGUGUAUUCAUCCUGGGACAUUAAAGCCAGUUUCAGAAGCUAAUGUUCUACGCAUUGUACAUAUAGCGGAGGAAUAUCAAGUUGACUCUAUCAUCCAAAGUUGCAAAUCGGUUAUGAAAAACUGGCUUGAAAAAGAUUAUGUAUCUGCUAAAAAAAAUUAUAAUAAUAGUUGUUACUAUCACGUAGUGCCAACACGACAAUGUUUGAGUAUUCUAACGACGUCUUUGGCACUGAAUUACAAAUCCCUUGUAGACAACGCUGUGGACAUGCUCGCCAAAAUGCCACAUAGAAUAUAUUAUGGCUCGUAUGUACCUGAAACUCUCAGCACCAGCUAUCAUUCAGAUAAACUAAACGUAAACGGAAAACAGAUCACUGUCCGUGAAAUAAUUGAUGAAUGUAAAACAGUAUUCCAGACCCUUCCUGCUGAGCUUAGAUGUACAAUAUUAAGCAAAAGACUGGCAUUUGAUAGUGGCAAUGAAGUCAAGUAGCCACGUGAAAAACGUGAUUCGGGCGAAAAAAGCUUUAAAUAUGAAAGGAUGAUUAAACUGUAAUUUGUUUUCAGUCCCAUGCUAAUGCAUUUUGACCAGUUAUAUUCAAUUCAACUCAAUGUGAACUGCAGUACAAUAAAUGGAAUUGUAUACCUACCAAACAGCACAUCUUGGCUAUAAUUAAUAAUAACCUCGGAUUUAACACGGAUGGAAAGUCGUUUAGAUGUUUAACAGAAAACAGUGUAUUUUUUGACGAUGUACAUCACUACAUGUAUAACGAAUGUAUAUAUUUGACUAGAAAUAAAUUGAAAACUAUUUCGUUAGAAUUUUGAUAAAUAUAUGUGACUAUCAUAAUAGU